AUGUCCCUGCUACCAAAUCUUCUAUCGAAGUUUGUGAAAGCUAAAAACACCAGAGUUUUAUGCAAGCCUCCAGAUCCGCCAUUGUCAUCCUCAUGUGAACGUUCGCCCCUACCGCCACCCCAAACAUGGCAGUUUGUUGAACGAGGGUACCUCAAGAAUUACCCUUCGAGAUAUUCCAAUUGGCCACACAUCACCACAAAAAAACUACCGAGAAGGCCAACCGAUAUCAAGGGUGUUGAUCAUAUUGCUUAUACCCAUGUCGAGAGAAAGCAGAUGUUUAAAAAGAUGCCCAUGGUUAAACAGAAUGCGUUUUUCAAACUUAAGUUCUUCCCAUACUAUCACCACCUUUCGCUAGUGAGGAAGUCCAAUAUAGCAUACACUUUUUCCAAUGGGGGUGGCUCACCGUUGAACGAUUCUGAACUCUACAAAGCGUUCAAAGCUUACAAGGGUCCGUAUGCGAGAAACGCUUACUUCCGAACAACCCCACAUCCCAAGGACAAAGCAGUUGCCAGGGCAAAGUUCAGAAAACUCAUUAAACGAAGUCUUUUCGAGGCUCUACAUGCAAUUGUACCCAAUGAAGCUCCAUUUACAGUCAGCGGAAUAUGGUUCUUUAAGUUCGAUGCUUCUCCUAGAACGGAGGAUGACUAUGCUAUGAUAAAGCGAGAUAUGCACAGUGCAGUAAAAAAAGUGCAUAAAGAUAGAGAGUUCCAGCAAAAGUUAGGUCAGCUUCUGCAAAAACACAACAAGGAUUUCAACUAUGGUGAGAUCCUUGUUAAAGAUGCUACAUUGGAGAAUAACCCAGGUGCAAACAGGGUUCCCGGCUAUUAUCCAAAGCUACCAUUCAUUAAAAACACUGCACUGCUUUUGUGA